GCAACUGCGUUGAUCUUCCCUCUUCUUCUUCCUCCUUCAUUGAGACUGAGGCCAGCGACCCUAGCCGUCGACGAGAGCAGGAGCUUUGCUCGCCACUGCUAUAACGUUUGCUGAGAACCACUGCGUUGAGGCGCAGAUCGCAAGACCAAGGUUCCCCUGUUUAGCGUCCAAGCUCUUCCCUUUUCCUUUUCUUCUUUUCGUCAAUCAUCGUGAGGCUUCCUUCUCCGCCAGUCAGUUCGCCGUCGACAGGUGCGUGAAUUCCAGCCAUCACCAUCAAGUCUUCAUCUUCUCUGUUCGGAUGUCGGGUUCCUCUUUCCUCUUCGAGCAGCAGCAAUAAUCUGGUGCGUAACCUUUCUGGUGUGGAUGUUGGGUGCAUCAGACUUUUCCUUCCCUUGUUUCAAUGUCGACUGCCUCUCUUCUCCUUCCUCAUAUUCACACGGUGACACUUUCUUCUCCAUAUGGUUCUGAAUCUGCUGAUCUGUGUGUUGGAGCUUUAAGCUCUGCCUUUCAUUUGUUUCAACUGAUCGGGAAAAAAGAAGGACUUAAGGCUUGGGAGGUGGAGGUUAUGAGCUCAAAUCCUAACUUGAACAUAUUUCACGAUAAAUAUGUGAUGUGGCAUGUGGUGGCGAUGUGGCACAAGUUGUCAGGGAUAUGGUUCUAUAAGAUAAGAAAAAUGAAGAAGACGCACACAUGGUGUCUCCAGAUGGUGAAUGAACUUCGGCAUGCUUCCGAUGAAGAAAUGUCAAAAAUAAUAUCGAGAAACCCCUCUCAACAUCUUUCAAUUUCCCUGGAAACAGAAGAGGACAUUAACGUUAACGAGUCAGAGUCGAUGGCAACACCAGCUUCUGGUAUAAUAAUAAUAAUUGAGACACCGCUAAUGAUUGCUGCAAAGAACGGUGUGAUAGAAAUGGUGGACAAAAUUCUGGAAUUGCUUCCGUCGAGGAUCAAAGAUGUGAAUGAUGAGGGAAAAAACAUAUUUCUACUAGCAGUAGAAUAUAGGCAAACGGGGGUAUACUGGUUUUUGAGGAAACAGAAAAAGUUUAGCGGAAGUAUAUGUCGAAAAGUGGAUAAAGAAGGAAACAAUGCAUUGCAUUUGGCAGCCAGGCUUGGAGUAGAGCAUGAUUGGCUGAAUCCUGAGGAAGCACUCGCCAUGUGAAGGGAAAUCAAGUGGUUUGAGUUUGUGAAGAAGUUCAUGCCCGCUGGUUUGUUGGAGAGAUACAAUAAGAAUAUGGAAACCCCAGACGACAUCUUCAGAGACACUCACAAGGAUCUGAGAAGCGACGGAGAGUGGUUGGCUAAAACCUCACAAUCAUGUUCUGUGGUGUCCACCCUGGUAGCGUCUUUGGCCUUCGCCACGCGUGACAAUAGACGUACAAACACACUCAUUUGUUUAUCCAUGUAUUAUUAAUAAUAAAACAAAUGACCCAAACACUAAAAUUAACCAUGAUUAACUUAGUCAAGUUUAGCCCAUAAUACCAAUAAAGUCUCUAGAGACUUUUCUGUCAUUAAAAAAUUAAUAUAAAUGACUAAAUUGUCCUUACUUCAAA